AAGGCUUCCAUUGGAGCCCUCAACAAUCAAUCAGCCAGCCGCACUGGCUCCUCCUCCUCCUUCCCUGUCUCUGACAGCUUUGCUUCUUCAACGCUGCUGCUGCUGUUGCUGUAUGUUGCUGCUCUCGCUGUAGUUUCUCGGACCAGGCAGCAUCUCUACAGCAGAUGCAGAGCUGGGUUGUGACCUGGGUGUGCCUCUCGUGGUGCAGGAGAUGGGCUCAAGGGGAAUGGCUGCUGUAGGAUAUCUAGGUGAGGGAGGAGGGGGAAUAGCAGCAGCAGCCAUGGACUGGCGGUGGCGGAAGAUAGGAGUGUUGUCGAUGCUGAUGCUGGUGUGGUGUGGGGGAGUGGAGGGGUUCGAUGCUGGCGUGGGGAGUAAUAAAGUGAUAGGAUUGCGCGAGGUGCGAUUGGGGACGGGCUCCGUCCUCCAGGCGUUACUGGAUUCGCAGUACUCGGAGAUGGUGCUGUACUUAGACAAGGCGGAUAUGUUGGAGGAGCUGGAGCGGGAGGUGCUGCGCCAGAAAGCGAUCACGCUUUUCGCGCCGAAAAACAGUCACUUGGAGCAGCUGGAUGCAGAUUUGGGGAGGUUUUUGAUGCGGCCUGGGCAUGAGGAGUAUCUACGGACGGUUUUGAGGUACCAUGUGAUUCCAGGGCGGGUUGAGGGUGCGGAUUUCCAGAACAGGACGGUGGAGACAUUGUCGAAAGGGGAUGUCGUAGGGUUGAGGACUUAUGGCCUUAAGCGGUACGUUGGACUUUUGCGUGUGUUCUCACCCAACUCCAUUGUGCGGAAAGAUGGCAUUGUGCACGGAGUGGAUGGGCUCAUGGUCCCGCCCAAGGUCGCAUCAGCGUUCGAGGAAUGGAAGCGGAAUGGGAAAUCGGGCGUCAACCCCCACGGUUCCCCUGUUACGCUGAAGCGCUCCAGGAAAUCCAGCGCUGGCGCCAAGAGCGCUCCCAAGGCUCGCUACAUGUUGGAGCGAUCUGCACCAGCAGUGCCAGCGGCACUGAUUCACGCUGUAACAGCCCCAGCGCCGCCAGCUACGGCCCCAUCCUUGGGUCCAUCCCUAGGCCCAUCUAUAGCACCGGCUCCCGGUCCCGGCACGGCGAUGUUCAACUGGGACGACGAGGACGAGAUGCUGCAGUUCGUUACUGCGCUCUCGAACUACGGUGGGUACAACGACAUGGCAGAGCUUCUAGUGAACGCCACAACCCUGGGAGUGGAGCUAGGGAAGCUGGCGCGAAUGGGCUACAAGCUCACCAUCCUCGCUCCCAACGACCAGGCGAUGCAGCUUCUGACAACUGAGCAGCUGAAUCAAGCAAUGGAGCCGUUGCUGUACUACCACUUUCUUUCGGAGUAUCAAACUGAGGAAAGUAUGUACAAUGCAGUGAAGCGCUUGGGCAAGCAAUCCUACAGCACCCUUCGACACCCCCACAAGGUGGUGGCAUCGGAGUCGGACGGGACGGUGAAGUUCGGAGACGGGGACGACGCGGCGCACAUCUUCGAUCACGACAUCUACGUCGACGGUCACAUUUCGAUCCAGGGAAUUAAUAGGGUGCUCACUCCGCCUCCCUGAAGGAGGGCACAAUCCUGCGCCGUUGUGACUGCAGCGCAACGGCGUCUAUUUAGAAUAUCCUCCAGAAAUUUUCUCCGGGGGAGAAGCAUGUUCUUAUGCACCGUUUGAAUACCUUCUACAUUCGAAGUACAACUUGUCAAAACCAAGCAACGUGCCCAGCCAUGUGCAGCGCCUGCAGCACACCAGGAAGAUUAAAUCAAGCUGGAGAAGCAACCAAAAUCACCUAAUCGGUCUCCGGGGAUUGAGUCACUUGCUCUUCGAAUCACGAUCUACCCACAAUUUGCAAUAAGGACGAUACCAACUCCAGCUCCAGCUCUGGAAUCGACACAUGCUUCGCAUAAAAUUAGGCCCUCCUUCCAUCCAGAGCCUGCGGUGAAGGCUCAGAUGCUUGAUGGGGACAAAUCUACUGCAGAAAAAAAUAAUUUACUCUAACUCGUGACCUGAUUGUUCAAUCCGUGUAGUGAUUAUCUGAUAGUCCACUAGCAGCACAAACCAAAGUGAGAGUGCUUGCUUCAUAUCUAAAUUGCGUAAUAGCGUUCAGUCAGAUCCUUCUCUUGUGUAAACCCAACCCGGCACAUUGCCCUAGUGUUAUUUAUAUUCACUUUCAUUUUGAACAGAGAUCAGGUCCACAUGUAUGGCCACUCUUCAUUGUAGCUACCAAGCUAGAAAGAUCUUACAAAACUUA